UCCGCCUCCGCCCCCGGCUCUCAGCUCACGCCUGUGCUGCAGCCCAGCCGGGUCCGCGCCGGGAUGGGGUAGGGGCAGCGCCACGGAGUUGGGCGAUGGGCCGCCCUCUGGGAACCGAGCAGCCCCCGGAGGCCUGACAGACCGCGAGGACCGGCGGAGGAGCCCCGCCUGGAUGUCAAGCGGAUGCCCCAGUGCCCCCAGCGGACUCGGUGGGGACCAUGGCUUCGCUGAUGCCCCUCUCCCCAUAUCUCAGCCCCACGGUCCUCCUGCUGGUCAGUUGUGACCUGGGCUUUGUGCGAGCAGACCGGCCUCCUUCUCCUGUGAAUGUGACAGUCACUCACCUCAGAGCCAACUCAGCCACUGUGUCCUGGGACGUCCCAGAAGGCAACAUCGUCAUUGGCUACUCCAUUUCCCAGCAACGGCAGAACGGCCCAGGGCAGCGUGUGAUCCGAGAGGUGAACACUACCACUCGGGCCUGUGCCCUCUGGGGCCUGGCCGAAGACAGUGACUACACCGUACAGGUCAGGAGCAUCGGCCUAAGGGGAGAGAGCCCCCCAGGGCCCCGGGUGCACUUCAGAACACUCAAGGGCUCUGACCGGCUACCAUCAAACAGCUCAAGCCCAGGUGAUAUCACAGUGGAGGGUCUGGAUGGAGAGCAACCACUGCAAACGGGGGAAGUGGUCAUCAUUGUGGUAGUGUUGCUUAUGUGGGCUGGUGUAAUUGGGCUAUUCUGCCGUCAGUAUGACAUCAUCAAGGACAAUGACUCUAACAACAACCCCAAAGAGAAGGGGAAGGGGCCAGAACAGAGUCCUCAGGGAAGACUAGUGGUGACAAGACAGAAAAAGUCACCGUCCAUCAAUACCAUCGACGUAUGACUGACAGAAACAGAACCAGAAAAGACAUGCACUAAUGACAUGGGAAUGGGGAUGGGGUCAGGGAAAGCCAAAGGUGAUGAUCUGCCCAAGACUAGGAUCCCACAGUCUCCCAGAGGGUAAUGACACUCCCACAAUCUCAGGCCUGGUACCCAUCCCCUUUCCCCUGUGAGCAGGGCCAGAAGGUAAGUUAGAGUCUGCACCCCUGGACCUGGGGAGUAGAUAUCAGAUGGGAUGUCUCCUCCCAGCCCCCAGUCCAGGGGAGAGUCACUCGUUCAACCCUAUCCCAUUAGACCCCAAAUAGGGGCCCCAUUUCACCUACAUCAGGACUUUCAGCAUCCCCAGCUGCCCCUACAUUUUGCUUCUGGGUCUCAGAGAGGGGUGUUUCUGAGGGUAGUCCCCCUCCCCCAAUAAAUGAAAGGCACUGUCUGGGCCUGGAGGCAGAUGCUGCACUACACUACUCCAAUGUCUUCCAAGGAGCCUCAGGUGCUCCCCCUCUCAUCUGGCAGCCCCACCAGCUGCUGGUGAUCUCACCCGUUGGACAUUUUUCCAAUAAACGUUCUUGGACAAACUGGAGCUAGCUGUAUGGUAUACUGUAUAGUAUGCUGAAGACAUUUCCCCACCUUUUCUCUCUCCUGACUGUGCAAGGGCCCCUCACACCAACAACUUGAUGAGAGCAGAGUCUCAUUGUAAGAUGUUUGCUUCAAUUCUCCAGCCUAGAAUGGGUGGUGGAGGCCAGGAAGAGGGGUGUAGAAAACCAGAGCCCUAGUUCAUUUUGCUUUGGUGCAUGAGAAGGGGGAGGGGGAUAUGGGAAGGAUGUAAGUUCUUCCCACACCAGUGACAGCUAAGGCUAUUUCACAUGAGGAGGCCAGUAGCCUUUUUAUCUUCACUACCCAUGUUGGCAGCCCAACUCCUCACCAUUCAUUCUUCUGCUUCUUCAUCAAACGUGGGCAGAAAUGGGACUGAGCAGUAUCUUGGGAACUAAUGAAAGAGCAGCUGUACAAAUGGAUCUCUUGGUGCCAUGUGCUUCUCUCUGUGGAUCCCUGCCCCUCUGUUUCCCUGCCUUCGUAAACUUGUGUCUCUGUCUCUGUUCAGUUGGUCAAAGUCACUAAUAAUAAUUGUGAAGUGUAAAUGAGUUUAUAUUCAGGCUCUGCCACUUUGUCCACAAGAGAAUUCUGGAAAUAAAACUGAGGGGUUUGGACUCCCCUGUGAAAAUAAUUCUAAUUUGGGCUCUGACCCUCUGGGGCCUACUUGUUUCCUGUGAAAACAGAGACUGUCCUCGACUCUCUCCUAAUUUCCAAGGGGGCUUGGUGGCAGUGAAAGAAAUAACCCGUUGACAUUUGUAACCACUGUGGAGGAAAAGGUUUCAGGAGCCAGACUCUGUUUGGACAGCUUUUGGGACACUUUCCAGAGGGUUAAGGGUCUCCCAAUUUGGGAUCAUUCCAGAGGAGGUUUUAUGAGUAAUUCUCCUUUUCCGCCUCUGUCUCUCUGGUGUUACAAGAAAUUAGACCAGUAAUUCUGGAAAGGACUCUAGCUACACAAUCCUAAAACUAAGAAGUCGCUAUCUUUUUCUACUUAACCAAGCUUUAACUUCAGGUAUCCCAAGACUUAACCUAUCAGGUGAGCCAAGCUCUGGUGUGCCCUCCACCCUGAGCCAUAAAGGCAUCCUGAUCUAAGGAGCAGUCUUCAAUUCUCUGUCUCCCUAUUUGGAAGUAAGACACUUACUUCUGCCUGGCCACCGGUUCCAGAACCCUCUCUAGAAGACUGUGGACAUAACAUAAUUUCUUGGGAUAGGAGUGUUACAGGCUAUAGUGGCAUGGCAUGGAAAUAGGGAGCUAGGACUUGAGCCGGAAUGUAAAGGAUAUUUAAAGCCACCAGCUGUGGAUUGAAUCCCCAGUUCAGUCCUUUCCUGGCUAUGUUAGAUUGGAAAAGUGACACCCCUAAUCCCGAGUUCCUGUUAUGUAAAAUGGGAAUAGUGGUAUUAUCCCCUUCAAGACGUGGUUUUGAGAUUAAAUGAGGUAAUGCAUAUGAAACACUUGGCAUAGUACCUGGCAGACACAUACUUAGUAUUCACUGUUAACUACCAUCUUUAUUAGCCUUGUGAUCCCGUGCAAGUCAUAUAACCUAUUUGAGUUCAAUAACGUCAACUAUGAAAGGCAUAUAAUAGAAACUGCCUUGCUUUCCUUCUGGGUUGUGAGGAGCAGAAGGGAACGCACUCAGCCGCGCGCAGUGCCCGUCAAAGAACGGGAAAAACUACGAUUACGUAGGAGCCAGAGUUCGCGAAGCCUUGUGGGCGUGGCUUGGUCUUGUAGGUUGCAAGACGUGACGGGAUUGGUCAAGGAGAGGGUUCAUCACUCCCCGUCGCGGGCCGGCCCC